GAUACAUGUAUGUAUUUACUGUCUUGCAGAAGGCGAUUUCUAAAAAGACCUUGCUUAGACAUACUGUAUUUACACAGUUAAGAAUUGAUCAGUAUUAUGGAUGACCAAUCCAGUAUUGAAUCUUCAGUUCUAGAGGGAAAUUUGAAGGAACCUAUAGCAAAAGGAUACAUCUGUAGAUCAAGGAAAGAAGCUCUAUACACAAGACAGCUUUUAGCAGUAUCCACAGAUGAUCUGCAGUCAGAGAUAAAGUUUGGAUCAAACAAAUACCUCACCAUGUGUGGACUGGCAGGGAUAUUAAGCUGUGGAAUCACCCACACUGGUGUGGUACCUUUAGAUAUUAUCAAGACAAGGAUGCAGGUUGAUCCAGCAAUUAAGAAUACAAUCCAUGGCUUCAGGGUGACCAUCGCCAAUGAUGGCAUCCGGGGACUUGCAAUUGGCUGGGCACCAACAGCGAUUGGCUACUCUCUGCAGGGCAUGCACAAGUUUGGACUUUACGAGUUCUUUAAGAUCAAGUACUGUGCCGUUCUCGGAGAAGAGUGGUCUUACAAGUACCGAACCUCUGUCUACCUUGCUGCAAGUGCCAGUGCAGAAUUCUUUGCAGAUAUCGCCCUGAGUCCAAUGGAAGCUGCCAAGGUCAGAAUGCAGACACAACCAGGCUUCGCAAGAACCCUGCGGGAAGCAAUGCCAAAGAUGUGGGCACAGGAAGGAUUCUAUAGCUUCUACAAAGGUCUGACACCACUCUGGUUCCGUCAGAUCCCCUACACCAUGAUGAAGUUUGCUUGCUUUGAACGCACGGUGGAAGCCCUGUAUAAGUAUGUCGUGCCCAAGCCUCGGGACGAAUGCACCAAGCCCCAGCAACUGGUGGUGACCUUCGUUGCAGGCUACAUAGCUGGAGUCUUCUGCGUCCUUGUAUCCCAUCCUGCAGAUUCCGUUGUGUUCAAGCUGAACCAAGAUGCAGGAAGUACCAUGGUCCAAGCAGCUAGGUCUCUUGGGAUGUCAGGUCUAUGGAAGGGGUUUGGACCAAGGGUCGUCAUGAUAGGUACCCUGACCGCACUGCAAUGGUUUAUCUACGAUUCGUUCAAGAUCUACUUCCGUAUGCCUCGACCUCCACCACCUGAAAUGCCUGAUAGCCUGAAAGCUAAACUCAACUCUGACAAAAAUUAA